GUACACAGAUGCAGGCAGAGCGCCGGAGAGAAACGAUGUACUUAUACGGACGCCGAUAGCCAAGAGAGAGAAAAAGGAGAGAGGACACAACAAAUAAGAAGCGAAAAGAAAAGGUGUCGCGACGAGAGCUACCGGGCUACCUGAGAGAUACUUGACGUCGUAAAUCUCGUCGAAACGCUUUCGGGCGCAAGAGACAGGAACAUUCGAAGUCGACUUCUUUCCUCUGUCCUUAAGAAUUGCCAAUGAUAAAUCGACCGAGCCUAAACCUAAGGAGCCUAACGACCACAACAGCUGUUCCUCGGCUGGUCCCAUCGAAUUGAUCCAUCCACUCCAAAAAAAUUCGUGCGUCUCGCACGAAUCUAGAACUUGGCUUCCAAAAACGCAAACACGAGUAAAUAAAAUUGCAACUUGGUUUCACUUUCAAAAUUCCUUAAAAGCUUCCUUCAAAAACUUUCUGACGUGUAAAUUAAUUUAAUCGAACUUAGUUGACAAUUCCCUCUAUAAUGUACAAUGGAUUUUUAGAUUCAUUUUAGCUUGUGGCUAGAUAAAGAGAGGAAACAUGGUCGCCAUGAAAAGAGGAAGAAAGCGCAAUGGAGGGCGAGCGGGAAAGAGAGCGCGAAAGAAGCAUCUAUAUAUUUUCUUUCAUGUCGUGCACCGUGCGAAGCAGUUAAGUAAAGGUCACAAGUUGAGCAAUCUGUCCGUUUAUCGGUGCAAACAACAUUCGCUUGGCGUGAGUGCGCCGCAACGGACGGCGAAGGAGAGGUUGAUGAAUCUUCCGCACCGGAGUUUGUCUUUUUUCUUCCUUUGGAGCGAUCAAAACUUCCGGGAAUAAUUGGAUAAACGUAAAAAGAGGUGAAAAAGUUUGCCUACCGGGGACUAAUAAGGGACUCGAGUAAGCGUGGUAGUCACGGGGCGAGGGAGUAAGGAACGUACUGUGGGAGGAGGAGGAGGAGGAGAAGGAGGAGUGCGAGGUGAACAACAACGAGAAGGCGGGGAAGCAGAGGUACGAGAAUAUGCAUAGUAUUGGGGUGUGGUGGUAAGGUGCAGGGGGAGAGCAGCUGUUGAAGCGGAGCAGAGCCGGGCCGGGCUGGACCGUUGGCGAGUGAGGAGCGCGCGGCAGCGCCGGUAGAAAAAGAAGAUGAGGCCGUCGUCGUCGGUGUACGCGCGUAACGUACGACGGAGGGGGUCGUAAGAAGAGUGAAGAAGAGCCCGGAGGGAGUUCGUCCCACGGUGGAUACCGACGCGACGACUCGGUUGCUCGCGACUAUAAGUAAGUCUCGCGCGGCGCGCCGCGACUUAAUGCCGUCGUCGCGUCCGUGGCGCCAAGAAGAAGGUCCGUUGGCCACCGUUGGACGAUAAACCUCCUUCUCUCCGGUGCGUCCCCGCGACUACGAAGAAGAGGAGCGAGAGAACGAGAGAAAGGGAGAGAGAGAGAAAGAGGGAGGCGCGGUGAACUUAUAUUCCGUAGGAUAGUGUGGAUCGGCGACAGUGCAGAUAACACGUGGCUGUCAGUCGCUGCUCCGCUACUGUGUCGGUGUCGGUUCGCCACCAGUGAUUAAAGAGAGAGAGAGAGAGAGAGAGAGAGAGAGAGAGAGAGAGCGCGCGCAACUGCUCCGGAUUUCUUUUUCGCUGUGCCAUGAAACAUUGUGCCAACGUUCGCAUCUUCCUUGACGAGGGACAGUCUUAACGGGGCUAGAGGGUAAGAGUCGUAACGUCGUGUGUACAUAGUGUACCGCGAGUGACAAGGAGAACAUUCUUCUCGGUGGUGAUCGCGCAGGGGUGGUGAUUCCACCGCUUUUCGCGAACCGUCAUCCUUUUCUUUCUGUUUCUGAUCACCCGCAAGAGAUCAAUCAUCGGUAAUCGCACUUUACGAUAAUCGGUGCUUCCGCUUCCGCGUGCCAAGUGACAGCAUGUCCGGCAUUCUCUACACGCUGCUGGGCCUCGCGGCCAUUCAUUGCGCCGUACGCCGCGAGAUCAGCCCGUGCACCUGUCGACAGGAGGAGUUUUCCAGUUCCGUUAGCAAUCAAGCGGCGGUGGCGGCGACGGUGGCUGCGACGGUAGCCGCGUCUAAUCCCGGGGUCGCCAACGCGAACAACAAUGCCGGCGGUGGUAGUCAUCACGUAGGAGAGCGUAUCGAGGUGGUGUGCGAGAAGAUGAAGUCAUUCGAUCAACUGGCCGAGGCACUUAGCGGCAAGUUUACUCCCGAGCAGCAGAUCACCCUGCGGGUAACGCGGUCGAAUCUGCGGGACAUAUCGCGCCACGACUUCAAGGAGCUGCGUAUGUCCAUCACCCGACUCGAGUUGAAUCACGAUUAUCUUGGGGUCGUGGACGGCGACGUUUUCGCCGGUCUGGGUCGUACGCAGUAUUUGAGUCUCGCGGACAAUGAAAUACCGACGAUACCAAAGCACAUUUUGUCACAUCUGUCAUUGCUACGAACUUUGGAUCUCAGCAGGAAUCGGAUAAGCCGCAUCGAUUUGGAUGACUUCAAGUACAAUCCGAUGCUUCAGCACUUGGCCAUGGCCGGAAACGCGAUCUCUGAGAUGACCCCCGGUUCGCUGCCGCCUCUGGUGAAGCAUCUGCAUGUUGGCAGAAAUCGUCUGAACAGUCUAAAUCAUACUCUAAGAGAUUUGAAUCAACUCGAGUGGUUGCUCAUUAAUUCUAACGAGCUCACGUCACUCGACGGCGAGCUACCGUCGUCCGGCCACAAUCUCAAAAUGCUUUACGCCGUGGAUAACAAGUUGACGCAUCUUCCGGCCGAGUUCCGAUACCUUCACCGUCUGGAGAAUCUCUUCCUCCAGCAGAACAAGAUCCGAAAUCUCGACGGCACUCUGCAGAAAGCCAGACGCCUAAAAUUCCUGGAGCUCUCAUAUAACGAAUUGCAAGAGCUGAACGCGGACGAUUUCAUAGAGGCAGAGAUGUUGGAGGACCUCGAGCUCGGGCACAACUCCAUCAAGUCUCUCGGCGGCGUGGACAGCGAUGGGAACUGGAGUAGCGCCCUUUAUCCCCUCAGGUCACUGAAGUGCCUGAACUUGACGUACAACGAGCUCCGCGAGUUCUCCCUGGUUUCCCUGCGUGGUCUGCGCGAGCUCAAGUUGCUCGAUCUGUCGAACAACCGGAUCGCGAGACUGCACAGAGGAAGGCCGUCCUCCGAGAAUUUGGUGGAUGAGGAGGGCGAGGAGAUCGCGGGUAGUACUAUCCAGGACUUGCGGCUUCAGCAUAACGAGCUGCGUAGCCUGGACGGCUCUCUGUUUUUGGGCAUGAAGGAGCUGCAGAAGCUCAAUCUCAGCCACAACGCGCUAGGCCCCACAAUCGGGCCGCGCGACCUGCGCGGUCUCGACGGGCUACGCGUGCUCGACAUCUCGCAUAAUCAACUCACUACCCUCGAGGACACAUCGGAGACGUGGCUGCCGUCCCUGGAGGAAUUAAACGCGUCGCAUAAUCGCCUGGUCACGCUCUCCGGCCGAGAUUUUCGCGGUUUCCCGGUACUCUGCGGGGCCGACGUCAGCAUGAAUCAAAUACGUACUCUCAUGCCGGAGCUGGUUGCCAAUACACGAUGCACGAUUCACGGAGUCCCCGACGUGCUACGUAUAUACCUUCAAGAUAAUCCCGUGCUGUGCGACGCCGGCCUGGCCGACUUGACCGUCGCGCUCGAGGUAAAUCACGCCAAGGUUUACGGGGUCGGUAGUAAUUGCCCAACCACGACAACGUCCGCGCCGACGACGACGUCGACGACGCCGUCAACGACGACGACGACGACGACGACGACGACGACGACAACAACGACAACGCCGACGCCGAUGCCAAUGCCGACGACCGAGAUGACGUCGGCGCUACCGUCAGUACCGCUACCGCCGACGCUUCUGCUGGCCGCCGCGGCGGCCGCGUCCGGGGGCAACGUGUCCUUCGCCGCCACCCUCGAGUAACCGCUUUGGCAUCGCCGCGGUGCGUGCUGGCCCUAUAAGAAUAAUUGCGCGAGCACCACAUCAAGCAGGUCCGGUAAAGAUCCGACGAAGGAAGAAAGGAAGGAAGAAAGGAAGGAAGGAAGGAAGGAAGGAAGGAAGGAAGGAAGGAAAAAAGAAGAGAGAAAUUCGCGCGAAAGUUUGUCGUCUUGAAUGAGAACGGCAAGAAAGGCGCGAAGACCAAAGUACGAUCGUUCGAAACGACACGCCGUCUCCGUGGACACCCCAUUGAUAGUGCGCAUCGCGUGUAUGUACAUACUUCGUGCAACGUAAUGCAACAUAACGGGCUCGACGAUCUUCCCGAGCGAUUUCGAACGGGGAGACGGUGUGUUUGUGUGUCUGUCUCCGCGCAUAAAUAGAAAAGUGAUUUUACGCGAGCGGCGAAUCUCUCCACAAGUCGCCGAGAGAGAAGCACCUUCUUUAGUCGUAGCAAGUCCCGAGAUAGACCCGCACAGCCGCGAUUAUGUAUACUUAGGAGAAUCUUGCGCGUCUCGUUGGAUAUUCGGGCUGCACGAGGACCGCCCGUUCAUCCAAUAUCUUGAAAUAAUUCAAGAUCUAGGAUUCAUAUUAUAAUUAUUACGUCGUCAAUAAGAAACGAAUUAAUGCGGAAUUGUACUGCGUACGAACAAAUUAUAUUCACUUUUCCAUUCAGCAACAGACGAGGUCUUACAUGCCCUUGCAUUGUACAUAGUUUCCACCGACAGAAAGUUUACGUAGAAGUAAGUAAGUAAGCCGUCUAAAAAGUUUUCGUCUAGUAGAGCGCAAAGUAGAGAAUGAUGGAUAUGGAACGUAUCCAUGAAAUUAGAAAUCGUACCGAUUGACGAUUCUUAUGUAUAUACGUUUGGCAUCAAGACAAGAUUCAAUCGCGUGUUUAAUAUAAUAACAAAGCAAUAUAUAAUAUAUAUAUUGAAUAUCAUUAUAUUUUGAAAAUGCGCAUCGCGUAGAGCAUCUCGAGCGUCUCGAGCCCGCAGCGGAAAUGCGUUAAUCAUCCUUUUUUCUGAUAAAUUUCCAACGUAUCACGAAACGAUGAUAUGAAUGAAGGAAAACAGCAACGUUUUUACAACGUGAUAAUUCGCGGAAGACUUCAAUCUUCAAUCGUUUCUCGAUGGUCAUGUAUAUGCAAAUGAAUUCCCGGCGGGUCAAUGAAGCAAAUAAAAUCUGUUAACUUUAUGCCGUUGGCACAGGCAGAUUGGCAGUGGGCGAUCAAUUGACUCCUUCGUUAACUCGUGCCAAUAGGGACGAAUUGUUAUCAGCGUGCUUCCACGCAUACAUAAUUGGAUCGGCCCGUUUAUCAUCCGCGCACGAUGUUCGGUUAUUUCGUGCGCGCGUAAAUAAUAUUCCGAUGUGGCGUAAAAACAUUUGUUUCCACAAAAAAUUCGGAAAGAAACACUACGUGUUUUUCUCCGAAUCAAAACUAUUUCAAAUUACGUUAAAUGUGGAAUAAAUAUAAAAAUUUGUAAGAUCCGUAAAAAGAAGUGUAUAAAUGGUGUUAUUCUGAGAUUAUUAGAUCUAUUAAGACGGGCGUGAUUAAUGUUUCUUGAUUUUUUACACAAUUUGCGCACACACACACAUACAAACAAACACACACACACACACACACACACACACACACACACAAAAUUGUAAAAGGCAGCCAAGCACGACUGCUAGCUUAAUUUUAGCUAGAACUUUCAGAAUCAAAAUAAUUUAUCUUUAUUAAGUAUUUCAAUGAAAGUAACUUUGCGUCGUGGAGAGACAUCGUGAGAAUGAAAUAAAUGUUUAAGUAUUACAACGAGCAAAUGUAAUAUCUAUUUAAUAAGUAUGCGUAUAUGAAAUACCACCGGAGAUGAUCACAGGCGCAGAUUAAUUAAUGUAAGAUUCAAAUAUCGUACUGAUUUUACUUGUAAGUGAAUUUCUCGCUAUGUCCGCAAAGAUGACGCAACGUUACGUGUACGUAGGUACCAUUUAUAUAUACAUAUGUAUAUGUACAUAUAUAUACUUAUAAAAAGACAAAACAGAGACCUGUUUAUAUAAUUUUAGCGACUAAGUUAUUAUUUAUCCGCACUGUGAUUUGCGAUUUGCUCUUUUAUGACUUUUAUGACAAAAUAAAAAUAAAAAUUGAAGAAAAAAAACUAAAAAA